UGCAAUGUGCCUUUCAAAACUGAAUUUGAAUUCCUUCACAUUCGCUACGAAGCGCAGAUGCAAAGCCCCAGCGCAAGGCCUGCAUGCUCAGUAACAAGGCACCGCUGGCAGCCCUGCCCCGCGUGCUCGGGAUUUCUGGGGAGCCCCCAAAAUCCACUCAAGAAAUAUUCUGCUGCUUCCCUCGGCCCGGACAGCGUUAUCUCCUCGUCACUCGGGGAGCUCCCAUCUGUACUUUCAUCUUUGGUCAGUUAUUCGAACGUGGCCCGCAUCCCUUCCUUGAAUCUAGUUUUGCACUCCUGAGCGCUGUGGAACGCCUCGAAGAACCCAGACAGCAGGACUGAGAGCAAACCCGGAAGAGACAGGACCUGCCACUGGCUGGCUGACCACACUGCCUCCCUGACCGGGGAUGGCUGGUCUUCCGGCGGGGUGGGGACUAGGCCUUACUCGGAGGCGUAUCCCUCUCGGGGGCGUGUCCUCCUGAGGACGUGUCCUCGGGGGCCGUGGCUAUCAGGGCGGAGUCAGGUUGCGGGCAGAGCGCUCUAGACCAACCUCGCUGUUCUCGGGUAAAAAGCUACGCUUGCGACCGGAAGCGACAGCAUGUUGAUCCCAUUUUCAUUGAAGAAUUGCUUCCAGUUACUUUGUAAUCACAUAGUCCCAGCAGCUGGCUUUAAAAACACAGCAAAAAGUGGGCUCAUUUUACAGUCACUUUCCAAUGAUGUGUAUCAAAAUCUGGCCAUAGAAGACUGGAUCCAUGACCAUAUAAAUCUAGAGGGCAAGCCGAUUCUUUUCUUGUGGAGAAAUUCUCCUUCUGUUGUCAUUGGUAGGCAUCAGAAUCCAUGGCAGGAAUGUAACCUCAAUCUGAUGAGAGAAGAAGGUAUAAAACUAGCCCGGAGAAGAAGCGGAGGAGGAACAGUGUACCAUGAUAUGGGUAAUAUCAAUGUGACCUUCUUUACUACCAAAACCAAGUAUGACAGAAUGGAAAAUCUGAAAUUAAUCAUGAGAGCUCUGAAUGCUGUCCAACCCCAGCUGGAUGUGCAGGCUACCAAAAGAUUCGACCUGUUACUUGAUGGACAGUUUAAAAUCUCAGGAACAGCAUCUAAGAUCGGCCGGACCACUGCUUAUCACCACUGCACCUUGUUGUGCAGUACUGACAGGACUGCUUUGUCUUCUGUGCUCAAGAGCCCAUAUCAAGGGAUCAAAAGCAAUGCCACCACAAGCAUACCCUCCGCAGUAAAAAAUCUUCUGGAGAAAGAUCCCACGCUGACCUGUGAAGUUCUGAUGAGUGCCAUUGCUGCGGAGUAUGCUGCUUAUCAUCAGGUUGAUAAUCACAUUAACCUAAUAAACCCAGCAGAUGAGAUGGUGUUUCCCGGGAUAAACAGUAAAGUCAAAGAACUACAAAGCUGGGAAUGGAUCUAUGGCCGAACUCCCAAGUUCAAUGUAAAUACUACAUUCAGUGUGUUAUAUGAACAGACACACCUGGAAAUUAAAGUAUUCAUAGAUAUAAAGAAUGGAAGGAUUGAAAUCUGUGAUAUUCAAGCACCUGAUCAUUGGCUGCCUCUGGAAAUACGUGAUAGAUUAAACUCAAGUUUUAUUGGAAGCAAGUUUUGCCCCACUGAAACUACUCUAACAAAUAUAUUACUGAGAACAUGUCCAGAAGACUGUAACUUACACAGUAAAUGGAGUAUUCUGUGUGAAAAAAUCAAGGGAAUAAUGUGACUUUAGGUAACUUUAUGCUGAUGGUUUCGAUGAGAAAAUAAAAGUUUUAAAUG